AUGGUCAGCGCCGACAGCUACGCGGCGCAGACGCGCGACGCGUGCGGCCGCGUAGCUAUCAGCGCUGACCACCGUGCUGCAUCAACUUUCCGACUGGACGAUGUAGCGGUUGCAUCAACUAAAGCGACCAAGCCGCCUACGGUGUUACAGCGAUUUCCCACGCUUGUGCAGGUGGACUUCUUCGAUGAAUGGCCUAACUGGAUGCAGGUGUGCGCUGGCACUAUCCUCAAUGAGCUGUAUAUACUGUCUGCUGCAACCUGCUUUGCUGGACGAGGCUACCCCAGCCCGAUCUAUCGACGCAUCCGCGCCGGUGCCGACUACCGCAUGUUAGGCGGCUUCAUCAACUACAUAGACAGAGAGAUCAACUACGAAAACGAAGACUUCGAUGAACCGAUUCUCACCCAUGACAUCUCCGUAGUGAGGCUGAGCGAUCGCCUGUUUUUCACCGACCUCAUUCGACCUUCACCCAUCCUUCAACAGGGGUCUGUCGUUCCGUUGGGAGUCAUUCUCAAUCAAGUGGGCUGGAAUUCAUACAAUGAUACGUACAACGCGCUCACCAGUGCUACAGUUACCACCUUCGAGCUGUCAUGGAACGACACCCACUGGUUGAAUAAUGCAUCCAACAUCAUCACAGCCUACCCGAGCGCUCCUGCCUUGUACAACGGCGAGCCCGGUGGUCCCUGGAUUUGGGGCGACAUCACUGUGGGAAUCAUCCCCUGGUACAAAUGCUAUGAAACUGGAUCAGGACGUACAUGCUACGCCACCUCUGUUGCAGCUUACACCAAUUGGAUAAUCAGCGUUGCUCGCUAA